AUGGGAUAUAAGAUAUAUUCUAACUCUGACUUAGUUCAAACAGUAACAUGGGCAAACUAUGAAUGGUUCGCUUUGAGAAACUCAGUACAACCACAAGCUAGAGAACAAACAGACCAGUAUGCAACUAUUGAGAAAAUAAGAAGACUUGACCCUAACGUUCCAGGAGUUUAUGUUAACCUUUCUGGUUCAGAUGGAACUGCUGCCACUAAAGUAAAACUGAAACUUAGAGUUCCUUUGUCAUCUUUCCUCAUCUUCAGGUUUUUAAGAUACUUGCCAAACUGGGCAGGAAAAAUUUCUAUCGAACUUACUCCAAGCAAAAAUAACUUAGUCAUUGCACCAACACAAGACCCAUUCACUAUUACAGACGUAAAGGGAACAAAUCAAACGUCAUUCGUCGAAUUUUGCAAAGACAAAGUUGACUUAGACUUUGGUUUCUCAAACUUCAACAAUGAAGUAAACUAUUAUUUCAAUGCUGCUGGAACUGCUUGGGACCCAGUUAAGUUCACAUGCGAAAAAUUUGAAUGCAAGAGAAUAGAAAGCAGACUUGCAGUCUAUAUGUUGGACCCAGAUAUUUCAAAUGCUUUAGCUGCCAAAUAUAUUGCAGUUCCACUUAUGUUCCCUAUACACCAAAUAUCUGUCAAAGACUUUGCAGGUGAAGUUGGAAACCAAAAUCCAGGAGCCGCAGGUGCAAGAACAGAUAUUGCUUUAACAACUGCAAUGAAACAUGCAGAUACUAUGUUUGUACUGUUCAGACGAACUAUAAAUGACUAUUCUUGUUUCUACAACCCUGGUAUUAAAUAUCAUAUAAACAUAGAUGGCAAAUAUUAUCCAAGAGAAGAAUAUUCUACAGUUGAGGAUAUGAGGUCAUACAACUUGACAUUAGAUGCUAUGAACUUUAACAACAACUUCACAACAACUAUUAACCCUGAAAUGCAAA